GAAAAAUACAGGAAACAGUUCACUUUUCUUAGACUUCAGAAUAGCAGUGAAUUAUAGUAAAGUAGUAUAGCUCUGACUAAAAUGAGUGUUGUAUUGCUGUGGUACAAUUAAAAUAGUUAAAUCAAUUUUGUUAUAACGAAAAUUAUGCAAAGAUUUUUUCAACCAAGAAAGAUGGAAUACAUAGUUCUGUAAUACAGUUGAUAGGAUAAAGAUGCAAGAAAGAUUAAUUUUGAUAUUGCACAUACGAUACGCUUGUCAACAAAAAAAGCUUAAGCCGUUUGAUAAACCCGGGUUAUCCUAGCAUGCCUGCUGUUCUGCUAUUCAAGCACUAAUCGCACGAAACUUUGCCGUGUGCGCCUGGACGCUCAGACGCGGCGCCCUCGGACCGUACGUUCAACGGCUCGUCAAAACUCAUCGCGAUCGGCAUCAUGGAGUGUGUGCCGGUUCACGCGUUUUGCUCUUGACGAACGACGCGAUAGUUGCACUUAUUUACAAACGAAGUGAUGACUGCGUGAAUACGUUGUUUUUCUCCGCGAAGAUAUACGCAGUGCUUGCGGCUAUUUGGUACGUCCGCAAUCUAACUACACCUGACAACGAAGCGCUCUGUCGUAAACAUUUGGCACCUGCCAGUCGCCGAUUUCUUGUACCACCAGUGAGUGUUAUGGCCCCACCGUCCCCACCACUGACAAGGCCAGCUGCUGAUGCUUCCCUGACAGAUAUGGCGGGGGAAGUCCUUACCAAUGGCAAUGCCUAUGAAGAAAUUGCCCAGAUUGGUACAGGUGCCUUUGGCACUGUGUACAAGGCCCGAGACCGUCAGAACGAAGGACGUUUUGUUGCCCUCAAGAAAGUGCGUGUAUCACUCAACGAGGAAGGCAUCCCCACUGGAACGCUGCGUGAAAUUGGCCUCCUCCGUCAGCUGGAUGCUGCGCAGCACCCAAAUGUGGUGCGUCUGCUGGACAUCUGCCAUGGCAAUCGGCUGGAACGGGAGCUGGUGCUUUUUCUUGUCUUUGAGCACAUUGACCAGGACUUGGCAGGUUUCUUGGAGCGCUGCCCUGAACCAGGCCUUGAGCCUGAGCUCAUUGCCUGGCUUCUGAAGCAGCUGCUGACGGGAGUGGAGUUUCUGCACUCGCAUCGCAUUGUCCAUCGUGAUCUGAAGCCCCAGAAUGUGUUGGUGACUGCUCAGCGACAACUUAAGCUUGCUGACUUUGGCUUGGCUCGCCUCUAUGAGCGGGAAAUGUCACUGACGCCUGUGGUGGUCACGCUGUGGUACCGCCCACCUGAGGUUCUCCUUCAAGCAAAUUAUGGCUCACCAGUGGAUCUGUGGAGCUGCGGCUGCAUCUUGGCGGAAAUGGCACGCCGCAAGCCUCUUUUUGGUGGUCGUUCUGAGGCAGACCAGCUUACGCGUAUCUUAGAGAUCAUGGGACUUCCACCGGCAGAUGAGUGGCCAGCAGAUGCUGCUGUUUCAAGGCAGACAUUCUCUAACUUCAGCACUUUUGGAACUUCUUUGGAGCAAGCAGUGCCACAACUUGAAGGUCCCUUCAUCGAUCUGCUGCAUCAGAUGCUGCGUUUCAGCCCCCACCGUCGCAUCACCGCAAAGGCUGCUCUGUCACACCCAUGCUUGGCAGACGUUAAUGAAGUCGCCGUGUCCUGAUAUAAAACUGUAUGGCAGACACCCGUGCUUGAGAGACGUCUGCAGCAGCACAUGCACAGAGGCAAGGGAAAGGUGAUCUCCAAAUUCUUGUCACUAGAGCUGCCCUUCAGUUUGGGAAAUUAUUGCUCAAGUCUCCUUUGUGUCUACUUUUGUGGAUUUGACCUGGCAACCUCCCCUAGCUGCCACAGCUACUUUUAAUGAAUUCGGAUGCACUAUUUGUUUAGCCUUUUUAUUAUUUUCCUUUUAAUUCUAGAACACAAGCAAGCAGUGGCUUUAGAAUGUUUGUGGUGCUGUUGGUAGCUGUGUAUCAUGGUUUUGUUACAGAAUUGAACAUAUGUUUUUGGAUGUGUUCGGUAGAAAUGUGAAUGCUAAUUUCAUAACCAUGACAUGAAUAUAGUGAAUUUUUCUCUUCCCUAGUUCCAUUUCACUAGCAAUGAACUAGUAAAAUGAAGAAAAUGAAGAGAAUCUCUUCACACUCUUUGUCACUCAGGCAAAUUCUGCAUGGCGCACAGUGUGUAUUUCGGCUUCUGCAUGAGGGGAUUCCUCUGUUCUAUUAACAUUUGUAAAAUGUGGUUUGUCUUCAUUAUAGCUCAGUUAGGGAUGCUAUCCUGAAGAUCAUAAUGAACUAGCCACUUAAAUAAUUUCUGUACAUGUCAAGAUGGCACUUUAUUGCCUUUUUACCUGAGCUCUUACGCUUAUAUGUAGAGCAAGUUAGUUUCUCGAGAGGUUUCUGGAGACAACAUGAAAAGGUCGGCUAUGAGAAAGCAAACUUGUCAGCUGUCAGAAACACCUGGAGAUGCGAUGCCAGCUUCCAGGAUGCAUAAAGUGCCUUUGUCUUUAGGCUUUAAACCUUUACAUGUAUGAUUGACAUGCAAGAUUUCUGGCAGCGCAUGAGCGAGCCUUAUUUGGCUUUGCAGCUCAUUUACAGGACUGUCAGUAGACAGCAAGAUUUAAAGCGACGAAAAUUGCCUAUACCAGCCGCAUGGCGUAGAGUGUUUUAUGAGGGCUGGAUCUGAAGAUGUUGCGACUGUGUGCGUUGGACGAUGUCAUUUCUAAUCUGCAUAACCUACACAGCAUAAUUAGAUAUGACGGCAUUUUUGUUAUGUAGGCCAACUGUUAUUGUUAAGGCAACUUGCAUCAGGCCACUGCUAGGGUUUGUUUUGUACAAGAGUUCUGAAAAUCGCUAGUGGGGUCUGUACUGUGUACAGUUGCUGUAUUACUAUAAUUAUUGAUUGCUUGCUGGCCAUUAGAAUGCAUUGUAUUCGCACAUAUAACAGUUGUCUUUUUCUGUAACUGCCACUCCAGACAUGCGCCUCAUUCCGCGUCUUGAGGCAAGCUACGAAUAUAAUGCAAAAUUUUUUUUUUUGUAAGAGCACACAGCCAUUGUUACCACACUCAUUGCCAAUCCAUGAUUUAACCCUCAGUCCUCAAUGUGCCAAAGAGCAGCAUAGCAAGGUGCCAGGCCCUUGUCUUUCUCACUGAGGGUAAAUAUGAGGGGUCAGUGGUGGCUGAAGCUCUGUCAGGUAUAGAUUUUUCGUUUCAGCUUUCAUUAUCAACAUAAUCUCCCUCUAAUGUAACACACUUGUGCUGGCAGUGCUACAGUGUCUUCAUUCCAGUGGGAAAAACAUGUCAGGUUGCAAGCCUAAGAACUCGAAAGAAUCAAAAACUUCACUUACAUAUAGAAACUGCAAUCGAGCAAGAGCUUUCUUCAUGUAGCGGGAAAAUGGAGGCGGGAGGGGACCAGCUCUGGGGAAAGGCAUGGGCAGAAAACACUUUGAAGCCUGCAAUUGGGGACUGUUGCACUAGUAAGCCCUGAGGUGUGGGCUGAAGUGUAGUCCUGGUAGUACAGGACUCCUUUUGUCAGCACUCCUUGUUUUCCUCUCAAAUUUAUGCCAGAGAUAUUUCAAGAGAGUUGUGUGGAGAAGAGUCCAGUGAUACAUUUGCAAGGUAGUCAACUGGGAGCACACCUUGGAAAUGCUGAAGCAUGGAUGCCAUCGCUCUGCUUGCUUAAAAGCAUAAUCUUUAUUACCUUAUUUAUUUAUAGCACCAAACCAAACUUGAAAAUCAAACAAAAAGAAUUAUCUGCUUCACUCUCAAAGAGUGGAAAAUUCUUCAGUGAUAUGGUAUGCUGAGGAAUGGGGGGCUUUUGAUAGAGGGUGGAAAGCCGUGGAAGACAUUGAGCAGAAUCGUUUGAGAAGUCAAGCUCAUUGCCUAUAAUAAAAUUGUUUCCAGCGUUGUGAUGCCCUGACAUGUCAGCAACUUGACAAAUUGGUGCUUGCAUAAUAAUGUCCAGGACAAAGCCAAUAUUUUCUUUUGUGGUGGCAUUUGAUACUCUCCCUGACCUCAGCCUGCCUUGAGUGCUUUCUCUGCCAUGCUUGUAUUUUGAUGCCAAGUGUUCAACAACAGCUUAUAUAGAGACACUGCCGCAUGAAGUACUGAGAAUGUCUUGGAGUGAAACUGUUUAAAACAGCAUAGUGCUCCAGUUUUCUUCCAUUUCGUACAGAUGCUGUAGGGCACGAGGCAGUCUUAAACAAGCAAUAAGGUGAACGAAGUCAGGCAAAUUGGAAUGCAUUUGCUGUUUACACAGACUACACAGACAGCUGUUUGCUGUCUGUGUCCUCAAAGUUACACAUAUCAUGGACUGGCAUGUAGUGUAGUGCAGUGAAGAAAAGGAUGCAAAGAAACAGAACAGAGAAACAAUUCUCUUUCAAAAACCAUGAAAGGUAACGAUUGUCUCUGUGUUCCGCUUCCUUUUGUGUCUUUGUUUUCGCUGCACUACACUACAUGUCAUUCCAUGAUGAUCAAUCAACAAGCCCACAUCGCCAUCCUCGUUAUGUGGAUCAUUCCCUCUCCCCUUUUUUUCCCCACAUCUGCUGCACCACCAAGUGUGUGUGUAGCGAAAGCUAACCCAAGAGGUCAUGCAACUCAUGCAAGAGUCUGUUAGUGUGCAUUCCCACAUAUCUAUAAUACAAAGUGGUGCUGCACGAUACAAAGUGGUGCAAAGUUGACUGGAACUGGACUUUAAAGGGACCCCGAAACACAUUUUGAACAGAGUAAGAAAACAUUCCCAAUCUGUAGAAGAGGCCCCUACAAUAAUGUGAGCCAAGCAUUGCACUGCAUGCAGCAGGAAAUUUACAAUCUCAUGUCAAAAGCAGUGAAAAAUCACUUGCCCUCGCCUCUGCAAUUUCGUCAUCACAACCAACCGGUCCCGACAACAGCUAUUGGUUGAUUUCGUGAUCAUGAGAAUGUUCUCGGUAAUACUAUUGUUGCUAAUUAUUUAGUUAAAUAAAUGAAAAAUAUAUAUGUCUGUGAUCUCAAAAAGACAAAAAUCAUUUCAUCUUUUCACUGCCUGUCCCUCCACUGUGGCACUCUUUUUUUUGCCACCUUGUCAUCUUCCAAGAUCGACAAAGGUGCGAUAACUGCACUUGAAAGAUUCAAAAAUUUUUUGCAGCGGGAGAUUCAGGAGGUGACAUCCUUUAAUUGUGAACUCAUUCCAUGAUUAGUUAGAAAAGUGUUUCAGGGGCCCUUUAACUGUUAGAUUGCCCAAGGUCAGUAGAGAAUAGCUAAAGAGAAGCAGUUAUCGCAUUUAGCAAUUUGUAGCUACCUGUUUACAUGCGUGUGCAGUGUCCAUUUUGUGUCAGUCCCUCCCUGUAGUUUUAUGCAUCGGGAGGUCAUGUAAUCAUAAAUGUUUAAAAAUUAUCAUUUAGACCUCUAAAAGUCUGCCUCAGCCUUAGAUCUGCAAUCAUUUGAUGUUUUUGCAGGUACCCUAUCUAAACUUGCAAGACAGGAAAUGAAGAUGAGAUGUUCCUCUUAGGUGUAAUUCACUUUCCAACUUGUAAACACAUUUUGCAUAAUGCUGUUUUGUGUUUACCUUCACAGAAUUGUUUAUGGAGUUGUAAUUGAUAUCCGAGAAAGACACUAGAGUGGGCUGUUGAUUGUUCCAAUGAUUUCUAUCACUCAUACUUAACCGGUGCUAUUCCUGUAUUGUUGCUGAGUGAGUGCACCCCUCGCUCUACUGUGUCUGAGUUACAUAUCAUCCUGCGCACUGUCAAGCAGGGUACAUUUUACAUGUUAUGAGUACGUCUUUAUUUGUGUGUUACAUUCAUAUAUACCCAGCAUCAUCUUAUUUUUUAUUCCGUGGAUUCAUUUCACUCCCACUGUCGUUGCUUUCAUUUCUUUUUUCUCGUAAUGGUGAUGCAGAUAUACAUAUGCGCUGGUCCUGGUGGUACCUCCAAUGCCAGUGCAAGCCCUCAUGUAAGCAUUUCUCGAGCAAAAAAAUGUGCUCCUGUUUGCCCAGUGAAAAUUGCUGUGUGUAAAGCGCAUCUUAAUUCUCUGCUCGUAAUCCUCACUUAUUUCUUGCUACUAAGUGAUUCAUGGCAGAUUUCAUUAGCAGGGUCAGCACAACUUUUUCUGUUCUUUUUGGAGCAAGUGCAUUUUAAUGGUAGAGUGAGGGCACGAUCGCAUUUUCCAGUAAGUUAUUUGGAGCAGAUUUUGAUCCUUGAAACAGUUACAGCUGCUCCGCAAAAACCCACGGAGUGAAAUGAAAUUCUGUGUGCUGUAUUGCCUUCAUGCACGCUUUUUCGGUGUUUUAUUGCUUACUGAGCUUGGUGGCGCUGCAGUAGUUGUGGUUUUCUGUAGUAAUGGUGGACAUCAUGGAUGACUCGUCCCAGCAUGCAUCAUUGCUUUUUCAGCUCAAUAGUGGCAGCCCUGAGUUGAAUCUCUAGAACUCUAAGUGCGGUGAACUAUGGCAGUGAACAGUGUAAGUGGGUGACGACAAGCAGGGUAUCCUGAGUAACUCGUGAGUCUGGUAGAGCAUUCCGCUCCCACACUGUACUCUGGUGACAUAGGUCUUGUUCCACUCGUGGAUGAGGAGGCGUUGCUCUUUUGCAGAAAGAAUUGCUCACUCACAGAGUCAGUCCGCUUGAUUGGAAUUCACCAUUAGAACAUUGGACUUCACCAUUAGCAAUGAAUUUAUGCCACACUCACCUUUUUCCUUCAUUGUCACAAUGCUCGUCUGCAGACAUGCUACUGUUGCUGUGGGCUCACUGUGCAGAAAAUAGAGUGCUAGCAUAGGUACUAGCAAGAGGUCAAUGACUCAUUUCCUGGCUCACUACGCAGGAAAGUCAUUAGGUGACACCUCACUGGUCACCUGAUGACCAGUGAGGGGUUUUUGCAAGGGCUUGGCUGAAAUUUGAGCUGCCAUUCUUUGCAUGGCAGAUCUGCAGGUACUGAUGACCAUUAUGUUGGGUGCACCUGUGAUAGGCAUUAAAGAGUGUGCACAUAAUAUUUGGAGCCAGUCACAAAUGCGACGCGACAGCUAUGAAUUUGCUAUUCAGAUCUACAGUAGCACCCGUGAUGGUCCGAGAACUUUACGUUAGCAGAAAAUUACUGCCAACUGUAACUCAGAUGUGUUACUACCUACUAAAGGUAGCAGCAGUUGAUCAUGAUAUCUAUCAAUGAAUUGGUGCUGUCCUUUAUUUUGUUGUCAUUUAAUGCAGAUUGUGCAUAAUGUUCCUUUUAUGUCAGCUCAGCUCUGAAACCAGAGUGUCUAGCAUUUGCAGAGAAAUUGCAUUUGCAUUUGUCUAGCUGCUGACACACUUCUUGUGCUGAAGUAUACUAUAUUCGUUCUUGUCGUACAAAGAAGUGUGCAUUAGCUGAAGAUGUUUUCAGAUGUGCCAUACUCAUCUCAUACUUGUGCCUUAUGGUAUGCUUGCAUGUUUGCAAUGAGCAUGUGCGUUUUUUAGUUAUCUUGGAUACAGCAUAUCAAAACAUUGCUAUAUCAGAUAAUUUUUUACCAUUGUAUACAUAUCACCACUUUUGGUGCAUCGGAUAUGCUGACAGGGUGAGCAGCUCAUGUGAUGACACAUUGCAAUGGUGCCUUCAACCAGAUGUGACUUUUGACAGAAUAAAAGCGUCCUGAUAUAACAGGUCCUGUGAAGGCCUUGUUAUGGGGAACGAAGUGGA